CAACCAAUCGUAAUCGUUGCCUCUGUUACUUAAAAAAUAUUUCACCGAAAAUUAUAAUUUAAAGAGACAUGGCUGCUUAGUCUACAAUAAUAAGUGUUUAUAUUUUAAAAAAGAUUUCUGGCUUUUAUGCAAUUAAUAAGCCAUUACGAAGAUGUCUGUGUUUUUCGUAAAUACAAAUCAAGAUAGCGAAGUGGAAGGCGACUCAAAUGGUGACUUACAGAUUGCUUCACCAGGCAGUUCCGAGGCUCAACAAGCAUUGACUCAUUUCUGGCCAAAAGUUAUGGAGGAGAUAAAAAACAUCACAACUAUGGAUCUUAAAACGCAAUCUUUACCAUUGGCAAGGAUAAAAAAAAUCAUGAAACUAGAUGGAGACGUAAAAAUGAUAAGUGCAGAAGCACCUAUGCUUUUUGCCAAAGCAGCAGAGAUCUUUAUACAUGAACUAACUCUCAGAGCUUGGGUGCACACAGAAGAUAAUAAAAGGCGAACUCUUCAACGAAACGACAUUGCAAUGGCGGUUACAAAAUAUGAUCAGUUUGAUUUUCUUAUAGAUAUAGUACCCAGAGAUGAAAUAAAACAAAGUAAGGCACAGAAUGAGGCCACUGUGCGUACAUCUAUGAACUCGGAUCAAGUUCAUUAUUACUUCCAAUUGGCGCAACAACAAGCUUCGGCGAAUCAAGGUGUACAGAAUAGUGGCACUGCCACGCAACCUAUACAAAUUGUUCAACCUUCUAGCGGGCAAAUCCAGACCAUAAAUAUUGGCAGUCCGGUAGAACAAGAGAGCACCAACACUACUACAGCCCAAACGGUUACAGUACAAAGCCCACAGCAAUCAUCAAAUCAACAAAUUAUUCAACUGCAACAACAGCAACAGACGUCUACCACACAGGGCGGAGGAAUACAAAUCGUACAACAGAUUGUCACUCCUAGCGGCGAAAUUCAACAAAUACCUAUUCAAUUGACUCCCCAGCAAUUGCAGAUGAUUCGCAUGCAAGUGCAAGGCGGAAGUAAUCAACCGAUUAUAAUACAAACCGCUCCAAUUCAGACACAACCACAAUUAAUACAAGUUGCACAGGGCUCUCAAGCUCCAGUUUUUUUACAAGCCUCCAAUGCUGAUACCGAAUAAUAUUAAUUAUAACUUUCAUAUUAAUUAUAACUUUCAUAUUAAUUAUAACUUUUUUAGCUAUAUUUA